CAUGCCGAUUGGCGAUUGCCGCCCUAUAAAACUCUCGUAGAUGCUACUCUCACUACCUAUCUCCUAGGCAAUAACCAAGAACAAGACUCCUUCUAUAGUCUUCUGAUCCAUCUUCGUCUUCCCUCCCUCCCUCUCUCAUCUCCCUUCCCUUCCGCCCCUUCCACAGUCAAACCCAUGAAGACCAUGAAGCUAAUCUUCACCAUAGCCAUAGCCACGGCCGUAGUCAUCAGUACCCUGACGAUCAUGACUCCUGCAGCUACCAAAGGGAAACAAGAACAACAGGAAGAGGAGCUACCGAUUGCUGCGUAUAAUGGUUCAGAAACUUCACCUAGGGACCUUUCUUCAUCUGAAACAUUGCAUCAUGAUCAAUCAAUUGCAAGCAGAAAUAAAAAGGUGGUGAGUCGAUUCCUCGCUCAAAACAACAACAACAACCCAAAGGCAAGGGCUGCAUCGUCGUCCCAGUGCAACAAGGAUAUCUCAGUGUGUCUGGCGGAAGGCAGACCAGGGCCUAGCUGUUGCAACAACAAAUGUGUGAACGUGACGAUAGACAGCAACAACUGUGGAGCUUGCAAGAACAAGUGCAAGUACACAGAGGCAUGUUGCAGCGGUGAGUGCGUGAACUUGUCAUUCGACAAGAGACACUGCGGCCGUUGCAACAACAGGUGCAUGCCUGGUGGCUACUGUAUAUACGGGAUGUGCGACUACGCUUAAUUAAUCAAACCGUAUUGACUCGCCGCAGGUUCGUCAAUAUUCUUUCGUAUACAAUAAAAACACCACAUAUGUCAUGGUGGUGCAUCUUGUCAAAAUUAAUUACUACUAUCUAUUAUGCCUGAACUAGAGCUUCUUCAAUUGUAAUGCUGCUUUUAAUAGCUUUUAAGUAAUUAAUUAAUAUGUAUCACAGUGUAUCAGCUCUUUCUACAA